GCAGAAAGGGGACUAUUUUAUUAAACUGUCAUCUGUUGAAAAAGGGAGGGCGCAAAAAGAAAAAAAAAAAUACAGGCAGGUUCUGUCUGUGAGCUGGCAGACGGAGUAACUGUCAGAAAAUCACUCUGGCUCGGUGAUUCUACAGUUGGAGAAAGAAGUACACAAGUCUGACUGGAAUACAUUAACCUACACUGAGUAAGGAAGCCGGACGUGGAGGUAUAAGAGACUGGCUGUGUUCUGGGGCAAUUUCCAUUAAAAAAGGGAACAACAACAACAACAAAAGUUUUUUUUUCUUAGAAUGAUUUUUCAACACUGUGAACGUCAUCGCCGUGCUUCCCGUUAGCUACAGAGGACCAUUUCCUUAUUGAUCGGUGUAGUCGAAUUGAUGGUGUAUGUCCAAGUUAAAUAAACUGGCUAAAUAAAUUAACGCGUUAUUUUGGCAUAAAAAGACACAGCACAACGUUGCGUCUAAUUGCCGUUUUAAAAGUGUUCUGUGGAUUUAGGCCACCACUGGAUACUGAACGAAGAAGUGACAUUUGCAGCAGUAGCGGAGUUGUUUAGAGUGGUUUUUUUUGUGUGUGUGUGUGGUAAAUUGAGGUAGUUGGGUUAGGAGACGACUGACUGAAUGUUUUUUUUUUUUUUUUUUUUUGUCGUUGUGGAAACAAACGCUUCAUUAUAUUGCUUAAACUGAUAUUUGAAACGGGUAUCUACUAAGAGUAACGGGAGUAGAUUUUUGUUUACAAAGGAUUGAUACUACUGGUUAAGUAUAAAUAGAUAUUUAAUGUGUGUCACAUUUUGUGAAUUACGUUUGGCUGUUAUAAAUGUGUUGUGUGCUGCCUUUUAAUUGAUCGGCAUUUGUGAAAAAAACAAAACAAAACAAACAAACGACAAAUGUGAUUUAAGCUGUCAGGAGGUCUUGCAAUCAGAAGACCAUUUACAAUUACAGGUUAAGAGAAAGCUUUCAACAGCUGUUUCUUAUAGUCCUCUUGGGUGUUAAAAACGUCUAACUAUUGUUUAUGCACAGUAUGAUGAUUAUAUCAGUAGUGCAAGGAUUCCAACAAUUCACGUUCAUCUGCAGCAUAUAGUUAUUCACAGUAAGAAUAUAGAGAGUAUGUUUACUGGCAUGCCUAAAAACUUUCUAAUGAAAGUCUGAAAGUCAGAUUUGCUUGCUUUAAAACUAGCCAUAGUUCCAGACGUAUGCCUUAAGUUGUUUUUAUAAUUAUUAGGUGGUUAUCCUAUUUAACAGAUUCGUGGUUACGGUUUUUCCUGGUGUCAAGAUAUUCCUCCAAAAAAAAAAAAAAGGUGUGAAGGCAUUUUCUAAAGAAGUGGUUCUAAACAGUGUCCAGCUUUUUUUUUCUUUAUCGCACAAAGUGUUGUAUUUACUACAGUGACUACACCUGUCAAGUCUAAAAAUAAAUGCCUUGCAUUGCCAGUCAUUUCCAAAUUAAAUCAAUGUAUCCUUAAAUGAAAUGACAUUUGUAAAACUUUAAAAAUUCUUAGGAAAAAAGUAGUCCAUGUAUAAAUACCUAUUCUCUUUCUCUCUAUAUAUUUCGUAAAGUACACUAUAUACUUUAUAUAGUAAGAAAUUCUGCUGUCAUAGCAAGCACAGUGUAUGCCAUGCGUCUGUCCUCCCUCCUGGCCUUAUUCAGGCCUGCACUUCCUUUAAUCCUGGGGCUUUCCUUGGGGUGCAGCCUCAGUCUGCUGACCGUGUCUUGGACACAGGGGGACACAGAUGAACCCUGUGGGGAUGGACUGGUAAACGGAGGGCUGUUUGCUGGAAACCAGGGACACAACACUAAAGGUGGCAAUGGAGCAGGCGGAGAGAAUGAAGAUUUCCAGCCACACAUUGUUCCUUACUACAGGGACCCCAACAAACUGCACAAAAAGGUCUUUAGGACGCGGUACAUCCACACAGAGCUGGGUAUACGAGAGCGCCUUCUAGUGGGCAUCCUGACAUCACGGGCCUCGCUGACCACGCUGGCAGUGGCGGUAAACCGCACGGUGGCGCACUACUUCCACAAGACCUUCUUUUUUACAGGAGUUCGUAGCCCCAAGCUACCCCAUGGCAUGCAGGUGGUGGCUCACGGGGACGAUCGGCCUGUCUGGCUGAUGUACGAGACGGUGCGCUACCUCCACCAGCACUUUGGGGGAGACUAUGACUGGUUCUACCUGGCACAAGAUGACACUUACACGCAGGCAGAGCGGCUGAGCCAGCUGGUGAGCCACCUGAGCGCCGGGCAGGACCUGUACCUGGGACGCGCUGAGGAGUUCAUUGGUGGAGACGAGCAUGCCCGUUACUGCCACGGAGGCUACGGCUACCUGCUGUCCCGCAGCCUACUGGCCCGCCUGCAGCCGCACCUGGACACCUGCCGUAACGACAUCCUGAGCGUGCGGCCCGAUGAGUGGCUCGGCCGCUGCAUCAUCGACUCCCUGGGGCUGAGCUGUGUGGAGGUGCACCAGGAGAUGCAGUAUCUGUAUUUUGAGCUUGGGAAGAACGCUGACCCUGAACGUGAGGACAGUGCUGCAUUUAAAAAUGCCUUCACAGUCCAUCCCGUCUCCGACCCCACGCUGAUGUAUCGGCUGCACAAGCGCUUCAGUCAGAUCGAGCUUGAGAGGACCAACCUUCAGAUCCAGCAACUACAGGUCCAGAUCAGUAACCUCAGCUCACUGACACCAGAGGGGAAGGGAGGGGCCACCUGGCCCAUUGGCAUCAACUCUCCCUUCCAGCCCAAAACCCGCUUUGAGGUGAUUAACUGGGAGUACUUCACAGAGGAGCACAUCUACUCCUGCAUCGACGGGGCCCCCAAGUGCGAACUGCGGGGGGCAGACCGGGCAGAUGUAAGCAAUGUGGUGGAGAUUGCUGUGGAGAGGCUGAACGAGCGCUACCAGCCCGUCCUGCGCUUUCGCAAGCAGCGUCUGCUGAAUGGCUACCGGCGCUUCGACCCCACACGGGGCAUGGAGUACACCCUGGACUUGGCCCUGGAGGCCUUCACGCAGAAGGGACACAGCCAGGUGAUAGCCAAACGGGUGGGCCUCUUGCGGCCACUUAGCUCCAUCGAGAUCAUUCCCAUGCCCUACGUGACAGAGGCCACCAGGGUGCAGGUCAUCCUUCCCGUCACGGCCCAAGAGCAAGACUACGUGGGUAACUUCCUGGACAUGUACGUGAUGAAUGCUCUGGACACCCAUGACAACGUGCUCCUGACCUUCCUCUUCAUCUACGAACCCUUCGAUGCCCAGAGGGUCAGCCAGAAUGAUGUCUUUGCUGGGAUCAAGUCCAUGAUUGGCGAGGUGGAGAAACGAUAUGCCGAUGUCAAGAUCCUCUGGAUCAGCGUCAAGACUGAGGUCCCCUCCCAGGUCAAACUGAUGGACAUCAUCUCCAAGAAGCAUCCCGUUGACACUCUGUUCUUUCUGGCCAGCGUCUGGACAGAAGUUAACACCGACUUCCUCAACAGGUGCCGGAUGAAUGCAAUCAGCAACUGGCAGGUCUUCUUCCCUAUCCACUUCCAGGAGUACAGCCCAGCCAUCGUGUACCGUGACCAACAGCCCUCUGUUGCUUCCUCCUCGGCUGCCGAGUCGCUAAAGGAUGGCCAUUUUGACCGCCACGUCUUUGAAGAGGCCUGCUUCUACAAUGCAGACUACAUGGCUGCACGCACCAAGAUGGCGGCCGAUAUCCUGGACAACGAUGAGAUGCUGGAGAGCAUGGAUGUCUAUGAGAUCUUCGUUCGCUACUCCAGUCUGCACGUCUUCCGCGCUGUCGAGCCUGCUCUGGUGCAGAAGUAUGUCCGCAGAACGUGCAAUCCUCGCUUCAGUGAGGACAUCUACCACCGUUGUGUGCUGAGUAACCUGGAGGGGCUGGCCUCCCGAUCACACUUGGCUAUGGCCCUGUUUGAACAGGAGCAGGCCAACAGCACUUAAAGCGACUGCGUAUGGGCACUACGCCACACAUUUGCAACUCCAGCAUACUAAAUUCAAUAACUGAACAUUUUUGAAACUGGAUGGAUAUUUUACUAAUAAGAUCAGGAAAACCUGGUCUUAUUGCUCAAUCUUGGUCUAAACUGGAAAGCAAAAGAAAAAUACACUCCACUUUCCUUAUCCUUCUUGUAUCUGGCUGUGUUGUUUAUUUAAGUGGGCUUCCAUCAAAAGGCUACUAUAAAACAAUAUUAAAGACAAUGUUGUUGUCUUCAUAACAUUGUUUAGGCAUGGGUGCCCAGUGUUUAUUAAGAAUGCAAGCGCAUGAACUAUGUCUACAGGCACCUUUAACAGUUGUUAGUAAGCUGCAUUAGAUCAGUUAAGUCCUGUUCAUUGUCAUUUCAAUGCUAGCAAAGUCUCCCAAUUUUACAUCAUUGGCUGAUUGCCCAUGGCUAUUGGCAAACAAGGAAUUCCCUGCAGCUGUCUUGUUUUUUUCAUUCCAAUUCUAAACCAUUUUGCUUGUUACUCAGCCAUUUUCAGAUGCCAGAUGUCCAGUCCGGUGCCUGUUGCUUGUGACUCUCUGUUUUAAAAUAUUUGCCUUUUUUGUUAUUGUUAAUAAAUUAUGUAAAUGAAUGAUCAAGCCUGGAAUGCUCAGUGUACAUUUUGAUUAGUAUUUUAAGGUCCAGAGACUCAUUUCAAACUGCUGGCAUACACCCAUGUACAUGGGUUGUGUAAGUUAACAAAAACAGCCUGUCAGUACUCUUGUAUUACAUUCUGAAAAUAAACCAACAAAUG